CGCCGCCGAUCCAUCAUCAGCGCCCCCGCCGCGCACGGAGGAUGCUGGCGGCAGCCGGAGGAUGCUGGCGGCUCGCCCGCGGGGGAUGGGGGGGCCCGGCCGGGGGGCGAUGAGCCGGGCGGAGGCCGAGCCCUGCUCCCGAGCGCUGGCGCAGGCCCGCGUGUACCUGGGGCAGCUGCGGGGCCGCGUCCCGCCGGCGGGGCCCGAGGGCGGCGGGCGGCGGGAUUACCUGGUGGAGGCGGCGCGGCAGCUGCGGGUCGCGCUGGAGAGGGACGUCAGCGAGGACUACGAGGAGGCCUUCAACCACUACCAGAACGGCGUGGACGUGCUGCUCCGCGGAGUGCAGGUUGACCCCAACAAAGAGCGUCGGGAGGCUGUGAAGCGGAAGAUCACGCAGUACCUGAGGCGUGCAGAGGAGAUCUUCAACUACCACCUCCAGCGAUCUGUGGGAGGUGGCAACCCCACUGCCACGGGUUACAGCAGUCUGCGCUUCCGCCCCAUCAGGACACUGAGCUCGGCAGUGGAGAACCUGAGACGGUGUAAGGUUGUUGGAGUGAUCGAUAAGGUGCAGAUCGUCCAGGAUCCUGCCACUGGUGAGACCUUUAUACUUAAGAGCCUCCCCAAAUCCCACGUUGAGACCCGUGAGCGACAGACCAUCAUCCCUCAUGGCGUGCCCUUCAUGGUCAAGCUGCUGUGCUACUAUGUGAGUGAGGACUCCAUCUUCCUCCACCUGGAGCACGUGCAGGGGGAGACACUGUGGUCUCACCUCCGCUCCAGGUACUGUGUCCAGCAGGGUUCUGCCGAUUCCAACACCACCGAAGCCCUGGGGGAUUGUGGCAGAGAGGAUGGCGUGGGAAGCUCCCAGGGCAUCAGCCGAGCCUCCACUUUCUCCGCUUGGACAGGCAGUGGCCUCCCAGGGUCUGUGGCCCACCAAGUAUUGGGAAACACCAAUGCUUUGCCCCUUCCAGAGCAGUCCCUGGACCUCAUGGACCCCGGCUCAGGGAACCCCUGCUGGCUUCGCCUGGCUCCUGCCAGUGGCACGAGGGCUGCGCCUGGAGGGCAGGAUCUAAGCAUGACCCAGACUACGUCUGGCAUGGUGGACUGUGUUCCGGCAGCAUCAGCCAAAGGGCCUGAGCACCUUACCGACCAGGGCCUGGUCAUCUACCCCUGGGAUGCUCUAACCAGCGGCGUGGGCUGCGUAUCGGAGAGAGCAGCCUCCCAACAAGACCCCAAGCCAUGUGCUGGUGAAAGGCUUCUCCAGACACCCGGCCCCACACCAAAGACUGUGAGAGGGAGCCCAACACGGGCAGGGGAGCCGCCGUCUCAGCAAGUAUCUGAGGUCCCCUGGGCUCAGCCUCUCCUGAGUUCUUCAAGUCAGAGGCAGCUCCAUGCAGGAGUUGCCCUGUCUGGCUCUGACAAGCCCCAUGGGCCUGACCCAGCGGCAGGGGAGCCCUCCUGGGGCACAAGCCUGACCUGCCGCCAGCUCGGGGUGCAGCCGCUCUCGGGGCAGCGCCCGUCUGUGGCUCCCGGCGGGUCUGGCCAGAGAGCGUGGGCUGUGAAGGAGGAGCAGGUACAGCUGUGGGCAGCAGAAAUCCUCCUGGCCUUAGAGGGACUUCACCAACAGGGUGUAUUGUGCCGGGACCUCAACCCCAGGAACCUGCUGCUUGAUACAGCCGGUCAUAUCCGUCUCACCUUCUUUGGCCAGUGGACAGAGGUGGAGCCCCAGUGCUGCAGCCAGGCACGGGAGGACCUCUACAGUGCCCCAGAGGUUGGGGGGAUCAUGGAGCCCACUGAAGCAGCCGACUGCUGGAGCUUUGGCUCUCUCUUGUACGAGUUGCUGACAGGAGUGCCGCUGUCCCAAAACCAUCCUUCAGGGAUUCAACCUCACACACCGCUGCAUCUACCAGAGGGGCUCAGCCUGGCUGCUACGUCACUGCUCACCGAGCUUCUGCAGUACAACCCAAAGCAACGUUUGGGCUCUGGAGCAGGUGGCAUUGCGAAGCUGAAGUCCCACUCCUUCUUCAGCACUGUCCCAUGGAACAAGCUGGUGGGCUAAGGCAGGCUGUCCUUGUCAAGAGCUGGGCACAGAGCCACUGUCCUCGGCAUUUGUGUCCCCAGGUGGCACUGGCAGCUCUGCCUGCGAGGGCUGCCCCGGUGUGGGGUACACAUGGGGCUCUGCAGCCUUACGUGUUCUCCUGUCUCUGCUUGUUUGUGUUGGUGUCUCCAAGAGAGGAGGCGGCAGUCAGGGCCAGGCUGUCUUCUCAGCCUUCCCUGGUGGGACAGGAAACCCAGGUGCCCUCCACUGAGGAGAGGCUGUGUUCUCCUUCUGGCGCAUCCCUUGCUCAGCACUUUGCCCUGGGACUCCCUUCCUAUGGUUUUUCUCUUCUCUGCUGCUACCUGUGACCUUCCUGUCCUGCUGUUUUUUUGUGGCUUCCACGUGUCUCUCCUCUGGGCUUUGCUGGCCGGUGUCCAGGCCUGGGGUCUGUGCCUAUCCCCAGCUGCACAUGCGUGUGUGGGGGGAGUAAUGCCUGCUGUUGGGGGUGAGAUUGGAGGGAGCCGUCUGCUCUUCUCCCUCUGACCCUCUGGAAAGAGAAUAAACCACUC